UUGAACCCCGAGAACCGCCGCCGAGAUGGUGCAAAUCAGCGAGGUCAAGGGCAACAAACGCGAUAACCGCACCGCAGCCCACACUCACAUCAAAGGCCUGGGGCUGAAGCCCGAUGGCUAUGCCGAUACUCAGGCGGCUGGCUUUGUCGGCCAAGUCCCUGCACGAGAGUCAUGCGGUGUCGUCGUCGAUCUGAUUCGAGCUCACAAAAUGGCCGGCCGAGGUGUCCUGUUAGCUGGCGGCCCCGGAACCGGAAAGACGGCUCUGGCGCUCGCCAUCAGCCAGGAACUGGGGACCAAGAUCCCCUUCUGCCCCAUCGUCGGCAGCGAAAUCUACUCGUCAGAAGUCAAGAAGACGGAGGUCCUGAUGGAGAACUUCCGAAGAGCGAUCGGCCUCAAGGUCCGGGAAACGAAGGAGGUCUACGAGGGCGAGGUGACCGAGCUCACACCGGAGGAGGCGGAGAAUCCCUUGGGCGGCUACGGAAAGACCAUCAGCACACUGCUCAUCGGGCUUAAGAGCGCCAAGGGCCAGAAGAAGCUUCGCCUGGAUCCCAGCAUCUACGAGGCCAUCCAGAAGGAGAGGGUCACCGUUGGCGACGUCAUCUACAUCGAGGCGAACACGGGCGCUUGCAAGAGGGUGGGACGAUCCGAUGCGUAUGCCACCGAAUUCGAUCUCGAGGCCGAAGAGUACGUGCCCAUCCCUAAGGGCGAUGUACACAAGAAGAAGGAGAUUGUGCAGGACGUCACAUUGCACGACCUCGACGUCGCAAACGCUCGGCCGCAGGGAGGGCAAGAUAUCAUGAGCAUGAUGGGUCAGCUGCUGAAACCCAAGAUGACGGAGAUUACGGACAAACUGCGUGCCGAGAUCAACAAGGUGGUUGGCAAGUACAUCGAUCAAGGUGUGGCCGAAUUGGUACCAGGUGUCCUGUUUAUUGAUGAGGCUCACAUGCUCGACAUCGAGUGCUUCACCUACCUGAACCGCGCCCUGGAAUCACAUCUCGCCCCCAUUGUCGUCCUGGCUUCGAACCGCGGAAUGUCGACAAUAAGAGGCACCGACGACGUUGUCGCGGCCCAUGGCAUUCCUCCCGACUUCCUAGCGCGCAUGCUCAUCAUACCCACCUCUCCAUACUCGGCAGACGAAAUCAAGAAGAUUGUCAAGCUGCGGGCCACGACCGAGGGUGUGGCUAUCACCGAUGCGGCCAUUGACAAGAUUUCCGAGCACGGUGUCCGCGUCAGCCUAAGAUACUGCCUGCAACUGCUGACCCCUUCAAGCAUUCUCGCCAAGGCGAAUGGCCGUACUCAGAUUGACGUGCAGGACGUGGCCGAGUGCGAAGAUUUGUUUCUAGACGCCCGUCGUAGCGCCUCACUACUCGCUAGCGAGGCGGGACGUGGCUAUCUGUGAUCGUGAUCUGCGAAGCCGUGGACGGGAAGGACUGGAUCCGGUAAAAGGGGGGGAUGGGAGGAAACAAGAAUCUCAUUGUAA